AUGAUAACCUUUCCAAUACUAGCCGUCCAACAUAUAUUAACAGGGGCCCCAAAUAAAGAAAAGCAUUACAUAUACACUAAACCCACCACAAACCCAAAAGAUGGUGAAACUGCAGUUUUUAGAACCUAAUCAUCAUUUGAAUCUUUAAAAAACUCACCUGACGGAAUAUGUUUUACUAUGUAAGAUAUAUUUUUAGAAGCCGUGAAAAAAUAUAAGAACUGUCCUUUAUUGGGGAGAAUAGAAUAAGAUAAAGUAUAAUGGCGUUCUUAUCAAGAAUGUAAAAAACUCGCGGAAAUUAUAGGUACUCAUAUAGAAUAAAAAAGUUUAUUUACAGUUUCAGAAGAGCAUGAGGGUAUAAAAAUGGAAUUAGUGGGAAUUUUUUCCAAAAACAGGGAAGAAUGGCUCCUUUUAGAGUAUUCGAAUUUCCUUUAUAAUAAAACUAUGGUUCCUUUUUAUGAUACUUUAGGACCAUAAUCAACAUCUUAUAUUCUAGAAUAAACUGGACUUGAGACCAUUUUUUGCUCAGAAGAAGGUGUAGAUGUGCUUCUUAAGACUCUAAAUACACAUAAUUUGAAUUAAGUAGUUAUUAUUGAUGAUAUUUCUUAAGAAAAAAUUUAAUAAUUAUAAGAAUUAGGCCUUGUUAUUAUUAGAUUUUCAGAUUUACUAACCCCUGUAGAUCAUUUAGAAUAUAAAUAAGUUAAAACUAAUGAUAUAGUGACUUUUUCUUACACUUCUGGUACUACAGGAACCCCUAAAGGAGCUUUAAUUAAUCAUUAAAAUUUUGUUUCUGUUAUUGCGAUUGCAACAGAGGAGAAUUUUUAAAACGGAGAUGUGUUUAUGUCCUAUUUACCUUUGCCGCAUAUUUUAGAAAGAAUUUCAGUAUCUACUAUGAUUUAUUUUGGUGCUUAAAUUGCCUUUUAUUCUGGAGAUAUUAGAAAAAUUAAAAAUGAUUUAGAAUUAAUUAAACCUACUGUAUUUUCUGGCGUUCCUAGGGUAUAUAAUAAAUUUUAUGAUAUUAUUAGAUCGGAGUUUGAAAUAAAAAAAGGGUUUUUGUCUUAUAUUUUAAAUUUUGCAUUAAAAUGGAAAAUCUAUAAUGCUAAAAGAGGAAAAUAUACACAUUUCUUAUGGGACUUCUUAAUUUUUAAUAAAGUUAAAAAAGCUUUAGGAGGAAACGUUAAAUUUGCAAUAGUAGGAGGAGCUCCUAUAAGUACAGAUGUUUUAGUAUAUUUAAAAGCCGUAUUUAGUAUUCCAAUAUUAGAAGGAUACGGGUAAACAGAAACUACAGGAGCAUCAUUUAGUACACACUUAGAAGAUGGAGAUAUAGGACAUGUAGGAGGUACUAGAUCCCAUAUGGAAUUUAAACUAGUAGACAUACCAGAAAUGGGAUAUAAAUCAAGUGAUUUGGACAAAUAAGGGAAUCUUGCACCCAGAGGAGAAAUAUUUAUUAGGGGUAACGGAGUAUUUUCUGGUUAUUAUAAAGAAAAGGAAAAGACAGACGAAAUAUUAGAUUAGGAAGGGUGGAUUAAGAGUGGAGACGUAGGUUGUUUAAAUAUAGAAAAAGGAUGUAUCAGUAUAAUUGAUAGGAAAAAAAACAUCUUCAAAUUAAGUCAAGGUGAAUAUAUUGCACCGGAUAAAAUAGAAAAUAUCUAUUUAAGAGCUGAUGGAGUAGAAGAAGUUUUCGUUUAUGGAGAUUCAUUGUAAUCUACAUUAGUAGCUAUUGUUGUGCCUAAUAUAGAUUAUUUAAAGAGGGAAGGAAAGAAGAGAAAUAUCGAAUUCAAUAUUAAAGAAAUGUGCGCUAAUUAGGAGAUUUGUUAGGCUAUUUUUAAGAAUAUGAUUAAUUUGGGAAAAAAAGAAGGGCUUCAUUCGUUUGAAUAGGCUAAAAGUAUUCAUUUAAAUCAUGAGUCUUUCCAGAAAAUCGAAUGUAUGACUAAUACAUUAAAAAUUAAAAGAAACGAAUGCAAAAAAUAUUUCUAAAAUGUUAUUGAUUAAAUGUAUAACUAAUAAUAAUAGCCUUAAUAAUCUUAAUAAUGAUUUCGCUAUUGUUUCAAUUUCAUUUA